AUGUUGGAAAGUGUUAAAGAAUUUAAGAAAGAAGAUGAAAUCGUCCAUAUCAUCAAUGCUAUUGAGGUAUUCUGUGCAGGAGCAGCAACUUGGUGUACUUGGUGGAAGCAACCACAUAUCUUGAAAUUGCUUCUUGCAAAAAGUUCCCAAGAAAAUGAUAUACCAAGACAUACAAACCACCAAGAAAUUCUUAAUGUAAACGUACCAACCUAUGGAGGUAACUAUGUCAUUGAAUCAGAGAUGCUCUUGAGAGAAGAUAUGUUGGCAUUGAUAAGAUAUUUGAGUCUUUGUUCUGGUGUGGAAUUAUCAUAUAGAAAUACUACUAAGCAAGGGAGAGAGAAGAGAAAUCUGUCUCGUAAACAAGCUCAAUUCGAUAGUAGACCAGCAGAUACUGUGGCUAGAGGAAUAGUUCCAACCAAUGUUUCGACAAUAAGUGUUAUCAAGAAUUUCGUUCAAGGAGUGGAAGAAAUGGAAAGGAAGAAGCUUGAUGAUUUUGCAGGAGAGCAAGCUGACGAUUUGAAUGACAAAGAUUUUACUCCUACUGGAUCCGUUGAACCUGCAAAACAAAAGAGAACCCCUCGAACUCCAAAGAAAGGCGUAAAAAGAGCAGCCAAGCCUUCACCCUCUCAAACUAAGAAGAAGUCAAAGGUGAUUGAAGACGAAUAUUCCAGUAGCUCAUCUGAUGGAUUUGAGAGUGCUGCCAGUAAUUCUAUUACUGAUGAGUCCGAAAGUGAAUCUGAUUCCAUUCGUGAUACUGAGAUAUUCACAAGAUCCAAAGGAUUAAUUGGAGAUCCAAAUAGAUCUGAAAGUGCUUAA